GGGUCCCCGAGAGCCUGCCACCGGACGGCGCCGCACCGCUGCUCUGCGCUGGUGUCACGGUGUACAGCCCGAUGGUGCAGUACGGCCUCAACGCGCCGGGCAAGCACCUGGGUGUCGUCGGCCUUGGUGGCCUCGGCCACAUGGCUGUCAAGUUCGGCAAGGCGUUCGGGAUGACGGUCACUGUGAUCAGCUCGUCGCCGGGCAAGCGUGAGGAGGCGCUCGACCGCCUCGGUGCCAACGCGUUCGUGGUCAGCCACGACCCUGAGCAGAUGAAGGCCGCGGCAGGCACCAUGGACGGCAUCAUCGACACGGUGUCGGCGGGGCACCCGAUCGUCCCGCUGCUGGGGCUGCUGAAGCCAAUGGGACAGAUGGUGAUCGUCGGCGCGCCAAGCAAGCCGCUGGAGCUGCCGGCCUACACCAUCAUCACGGGUGGGAAGCGCGUGGCCGGGAACGGCGUGGGCAGCAUCGCGAACUGCCAGGCAAUGCUGGACUUCGCUGGGGAACACGGCAUCACCGCUGACGUAGAGGUCGUCGGUAUGGAGUACGUCAACACGGCGAUCGAGCGGCUCGAGAGGAACGACGUGAGGUACCGCUUCGUCGUCGAUGUCACCGGCAGCCUGGGGACCGCUGCUUAUUAGGCUAGCUCCGGAUUCGUAGAUGCGUGAUUCGGGUCAUGCGGUUACCAAGGUUCAUGUGAAGUUGCUUGCAUGUGUGAUGUACUGAUGUGAUGUUUCGUGCUUUUGUCUGUUUGA